UUGUUGGGUAUUUUCGCUUUUGGAGUCUCCAUGGCAACUAUUGCAGGUGCUUAUGAGCAGCAGGGAAAAAGAUCAGAGAAAAAUUAAAAAAAGGAAAAAAGAAAAUUUCCUUUCACUCACUCUUAUCAACUUUGUAUAGAGAGACUCAACAAUAUACAAGUACAACACAAACAACCAUGUCUUUGGGCUACGCAGAGAAGCUCUCUUAUAUAGAAGAUGUGGGCAACGUUGGCAUGACUGAAUUCUUUGACCCACCUCAAGUUCUCCAAGAAAAAAUUGAACAGCUUGCUAAAUUAAUUCAAAAGAGUAAGCAUCUAGUAGUGUUUACAGGUGCAGGAAUUUCUACUUCUUGUGGUAUACCUGAUUUUCGAGGUCCAAAGGGAAUAUGGACACUACAGCGUGAAGGUAAACCCUUGCCUGAAGCAUCCCAACCCUUCCAUCGUGCAAUGCCAAGCAGGACUCAUAUGGCUUUGGUUGAAUUAGAGAAGGCAGGCAUUUUAAAGUUUGUUAUUAGUCAGAACAUAGAUGGCCUCCAUCUUCGCUCAGGAAUACCGAGAGAGAAACUUGCAGAAUUGCAUGGGGACUCCUUUAUGGAGGCUUGUCCUUCAUGUGGAAAAGAGUAUCUGCGUGACUUUGAAUUGGAAACAAUUGGAUUAAAAGAGACAUCACGGCGGUGCUCUGAUAAAAAAUGUGGAGGAAAACUUAAGGACACAGUUCUUGACUGGGAGGAUGCUUUGCCUCCCAAGGAGAUGAAUCCAGCAGAGAGUCACUGUAGAAAUGCUGAUGUUGUACUAUGUCUCGGAACUAGUUUGCAGAUAACUCCUGCAUGCAAUCUGCCUCUUAAAUGUCUUCGUGGUGGGGGAAAGAUUGUGAUUGUGAAUCUUCAGAAAACGCCGAAGGACAAGAAAGCAAGCUUGAUUAUCCAUGGACUUGUAGAUAAGGUUGUAGCAGGAGUCAUGGACUUGCUGAAUAUGCGUAUUCCUCCAUAUAUCAGGAUUGAUCUUUUCCAGAUCACCGUAACUCAAUCCUUGAGUGCAGAUAAAAAAUUUGUGAACUGGACCCUCCGGGUAGGAAGUGUGCACGGACAAAAUGCCCCACUGCCAUUCAUCAAAUCUGUGGAGGUUUCCUUCUCAGACAAGAUUAAGUACAAAAUAGCCAGUUUAGAUAAGCAGCCGUUUCAGCUGAAGAGGAGAACUAUUACAACUGAGCUGUUCGACAUCGUGUUGAAACUCAAUUUCAGUGAUGGGGUUGGUCGUCCAUACACCCAAAUCACUAUCCCUUUCAAUUUUAAGCUUUCAGCAAAGAGCUUCGAACCUGACAAAGAGGUGAUAUUCCAAAAGCUAAGAGAGAUGGCAAUGCAAGAAUUUCACAGUGGGCAGAAUUUGCCUAUUGAGAGGAAGGUUUUUUCAUCCCCCAAAAGUGAGGCCACUGUCUAUGCCAUCGUUACUAACAUCAAACGUUUUGAAACUCAUCCUGGCGAUCUGAAGUGGCAAAAAGAGAGUGUGAACGGUAUCAAAACAUCCGGGAAAAGAUCAAACAGUCGUAAGCGGAAAUCACAUCCAUAGACAAUGAAGGCUAGCUAGGGAUUAGAGGCUUGUACAUAUUUUACUCUUCAUUGGAAUUACCGAAACUCAGAGGUCACAACAUAUUUUGCUGAGUGAAUUUUGUUAGAUGUUACACUCAGUUUCCCCAGGCAGAUUAUGAAUACAUUAGUUCUUCA